CUGUUUAAGGACAAUAUUUCCUUUUAUAACAAUCGGAUUUAUACAUAUAUAAUAAUAAUCAUUUUAUAUUUUACUUCAUUUAAUUGGAUAAACAUCGGAAUGGGAAUUUACUGUUUUAUGUGCCUACUAUGGUUUAUUAGAGGCACUCAGUGUAGAUCAUUUUGUGGACGCAGAACACAUCCUAUUGUAAAUAUCUGCACAGACGACUUAGUGGGGCAAUCAAACUACAUCCUUAUUGAUACAGCAAGUGUUCCAGAUUUUCAACAAACGUCAUGUGAAUGUGUUAUUUUAACAAAUAAACAUGAACUUGGAAUGACUUUGAUGUUAGAAAAUUUUACUCAAGUGUUCAACAUGGAAUUUGAAAUAAAAGAAACUGUCAUAAACAAAAUUAAAUACAAUUAUGAUACAACGAUUAAAAGUGGUACAAAAAUUUCAUUUUCCACUCAUGAAAAUCACGAGCGAGAUGGGGCGUGUCUCGGUGUUUUUUCAAAUGAUCAAACUAAGUUCAAUAUUUCUUGUGUUAGAUCAAUUAUCAACUCAAACCCAGACAAAGAAAGUGAAGGAAAUGAAAACACAAGUACGGUUCCUGCAGCAUUAGCAACUUUGACACUCGUAUGUUGUUUAGCAAUUGCUGUCAUCUUCGCUAUUUGUUAUAGAAGAAGACAAGCCGAAAGAGUAAUCAAGCAAGAAACAAAACCAUCUGUAAACACAAGAACAGAAGGUGACAAUUACAUGACAGACAGUCAAAGGUGCAAUAAUGGUCAAAAUUUUAUGGUUGGUACUGUUAUGGAAAACGAACACAGUGCGGCAAUAGUUUCAGGCCAUUAUGAAAGUAUUAAGGAAACAGCCGACGAACACCACCGCUCAGAACACUUACCUAAACAUCCUGUAUCCUACGAUUAUUUAGGGCACCCUCCGACUGGCGUGAAAAUGGGAGCUGCAAGCAACAAAACCACAAAUAACGAUAUUGAAGGCGAGCGUGACUUGUCAAGUUUAAAUGCGGAAGACCAGACGGUAUAUGACUGUACAAACGUAACAUCACCUCAAAAGGCAACCGGACACAAUGAUUAUGAUCAUUUGAGUCCUAUUUGUUCAAAUAAACUGUGUGAUUUUGGUCUAUAUGAUAAGGUUGAACAAAAAACUGAAUGACUUGAAAACAAAGAGUGUGACGUGACUAAUCAUGGUGUAUAAAUGUUCCAGAUUUCCAAUUUUGACAUGUAUAAAAAAUGCAAAAACUAAUUAAUGAAUCUGAAGACUGUGUUUUUAGCAUAUACGAGUACAAACUUACUUAAAGAAUGAAACCGCUCUAAAUAUAAUGUAUCAUAGUUUGGGGACCUUUCUGUUGAAAAUGUGUCAAAGUUAAAUAGUAUACAUAUACAUGCACAGUGCGUUAACUGGAGUGCAGGUAUUAGUUACCCGCACUCCAGAGUAUGCCCAUCGAUUGGCUCAUUUUUGCUGGGGUUUACAUAUUGUGACGGUUGAGAAAGGGAAAGCGACAGACAUAUCAUGUUCAGAUGUUUGUUCAUUGGUUCCUUUUUGCUGGGGUUUUAUUUUGUGAUAACAGGGAACGUGUUUUUAUGUUUGACUAUGAUACAAAAGAGAAAGAACAUCAAAACACUCGGCAAUCUGAUUAAUACUCGGGGGCUACGCCCCUCGUACAAAUCAGAUAGCCUCGUGAUUCGAUGCUCUUUCUAUUACUUAUGUUUGAACAAAUGAAAAAAAUAUAUCAUUCAUUUAUUAUUUUAGCUAUAUUACGAGAACUUCAUUAAGCUACGGUGGCAC